AUGUACACUUCAAAUUGGAAAUUACCUGAAUAUGUUGCACAGACUGCUGUAAGUAUAGAUGAUGAUAAAUGUUUACACUCUAAUGAUACAGCAAGAGUGUAUUAUACAGAGGAAUGUCUUCCAUGUGGUACUGAUAAAAAGGAUUACUGUAAAUUCGACGAAGAGAAAGGGUAUUUAUGGUUAGGUGUUUAUCCAAACAAUAAAUGUGAUAAAAGUGAAAGAAAAGACAAUCAAAAAAUGUAUAAAUGUGAAGUUUGCCAAGUUAAUGGAAUUGCUGGAGUUAAAUGCUUUUGUACAAAAGGAACUACAUCUGAUUCUGAGUCUGCUGGAUAUUUAAAUACAAUUUCAACCAUGGCUAUUGCUUUAUUUGGUAUUUUUUCUUUCUUCUUUUAA